AGCCCAUAUGUAUCCCCCCUUAAACCCUACAUCAUCGUAUGAGUAAACCCAGAAGUAGCAGCACCGAAGAAAGAGUGAGAAACAAAAACAACAAUGGCGUGGCGAAGCGGAUCUUUCUCAAGGUCUUUCCUUAACGCUGCAAGAUCUCCCACUAUCCGACCUUCUUCCGCCUUUCGUCGCCCUCAUUCACCGCUUCUCCCUAAUUCCGCGCGCAAUUCUCGUCAUUUCUCUUUCACAAACCCUAGGAAUGUUGAAGUAUUGGGAUGCAUUCAAUCGCUAAUGCCGAUGCACAACGUUGUGGCCGACGCUCGAUUGACAGCGCACAUUGCAGUCGAUGUUAGGGCUUGUUGCGAGUUGUCUCAGGGUACCUUCUGUCGCACUUGUCAAGAUCGCUAAUUUUAACUUCCUCUCUCUCCCCCUUUUCUCACUUCGUACUUAAAUUGCCUCUGACUUAGUAAAGAAAAAAAAAUUGGUUCCCUCAAACUCACGGUGAUAUUGGUGCAUGGUACCAUGUGAUCGGAAGUAUGUAGUCUGCAGGAGUCUUCAUAAAUAGGUUUCAUCGUUGCAUUUUUUAUAUGCUCUGCUGGAAAGUUGACCCUAAUUUUACUUGAUGAAGUUCAAUUUCCCUUGAAACUAUUAUGAAUAUUUUUUGUCAAUACUUUUUUUAGGGAAAAAUGAAUGUUCCGUUGCUCUGGUUUAAGAGACUGAUGAUAACCCAUGCUGCCUUUCACUC